AUGAAGAAAAAAAUAUACCUCUGUGUUUGUAUGGUCUUAUUGAAUCAUGUCUUCAAAGAUGCGUCGUCGCUAUUCGUUGGUGAAGCAGUGACGGUGGAACUCCCACAAGGAAAAAUUAAGGGAUCCUACGACUGGUCCAGAACCCAAAGGAUUUUUAGUGGAAUACCAUAUGCUUCUGUUACAGAAAGGUUUGAGGAACCUGGAAACCCUCCAUCAUGGCAUGGGACUUUCAACGCUGACCGUGGAAAUAUAAAAUGCAAUCAGUACAUAUCAUCUUUGAAACAGCCUGUUGGCCAAGAAGACUGUCUGGUGCUAAAUAUCUUCACUCCUCCCACUUUGGAGCCAGAGCCUUUCCCUGUAAUGGUUUUCAUACCCGGAGGGGGAUUCUAUUCGGGCAGCAAUUCCGAGCUUAUUUAUAACCCAAAAUUUGUGGUACAGCGUAAAGUAAUUGUGGUCACUAUAAAUUAUCGUGUUGGAGCAUUUGGUUUCCUGUGCUUAGGACUGAAAGAGGCUUCUGGAAACAUGGGAUUAAAAGAUCAAUUAGCUGCUUUAAAGUGGAUACAGAAAAAUAUUGCCUACUUCGGUGGAAAUCCGGAUUCAAUAACAUUAUUCGGUGAAAGCGCUGGAGCAGUGUCAGUGCAUUAUUUAAAUCUUAAUCCUUCUGCUAGAGGAUUAUUCCACAGAGCCAUAAUGCAAAGUGGAUCGAUUAUGAUGCCUCAGGAUUUUAGCUAUCAACCUUUGCAACAAGCAUCUAAGGUAGCUAAACGUUUAGGCUACAACACCUCAGACCCAAGUGAACUCCUAAAAAUCUUUAAGAAUUCCACAGCAAAUGAUAUUGUUAGGGCGUCCUUUGUAGAUCAGAACAAUAAUGCAUUGGGGCCCUAUUUAUUUGGACCCUGCGUAGAAACUGCAGUUCCAAACGGUCGACCAUUUAUAACGCAACAACCAGGAGUGUUACUCAAAACUACUGAUCUUAGUGUACCCGUUAUUAUUGGUUUCAAUAACAAAGAAGGUAUUCAUUGGGCAUCAAACUACGCACCCCUAACAGACCCCAACAAAAUCAGAUCUUAUCUCAUUCCUGUUAUACCGAGUUACUUAGAAUUUGGAAACCCCAGUGACCAAUCCACGUUCGUUGAUGACAUAAUAAAAAAAUAUUUCGCCAACAACACAGAUAUUAAUGGUUUGAUUGAAUAUUUUACCGAUGCUCUAGUUGCGUUUCCAAUAACGCUUACAUCGGAGCAUUCAUCGCAAAAGUCUGACGCUACAGUGUUCAACUAUUAUUUCAAGUAUGAUUCUAUAAGAAACUUGAAUAAAUUCCUUACUCGACUGUCAUCGGAGCCAGGAGCCAGUCAUGGAGACGACUUACUUUAUAUGUUCCAACCAGCUGUUUUUGCCGUUCUGCCUUCCACUCGGACGGUUGCUAAAAUGAUUGCAACAAUCACGAAAUUAUGGACAAGCUUUGCUAAAACUGGUAAACCGACAAUAUCCAACACUAAUUGGAGACCAAGUAAAGAGAGGUUGAACUUUCUAGAAAUUGACAACAGAGAAAUCAAAAUGAUAUCUUUACCAAACCAAGAUCGCAUGGACUUUUGGAAGAAAGCAUAUGAAAAAUUUGGAAGAAGUGAGGGAAAAUAAUAAAGAACAAAAGUUGUAGUAGUAAUAGUAAAAAAAUGAGUUAGGUCAUGCCUAAUGCAUCAAAGUUAAAAUGAGGCUAAUACAUAGGUACUCCGAGUGAAGAAAACAUGCAAAUAAACCUUCUUGAAAGUCGGGUAAAAUGAA